CCAAAAUUGAUUUAUACGCAAAAAGGGAAAUAUGUGACAAAGACAGACAAUAUCGUCAAGGUUUCAUGUACGGACCACAGACCACCAUGAAUAGCGGCAACACCGUACAACACCCGGGUACAACUUACGUAGACGAAGAGGAAGACGAUGACGUACGGUGCUCUAAUGGGAAAUCCAUUGAUAAUCCUCCAUCUCAGAUCCGUUAUGAGGGUCCGAACAGCUCUCACUCCCCGCACGCGCUUCAAACUGCUGGUGGUGGUGGUGUCAUGGAUGCGGUAGACACCGUUGCACUCUACGAAGCCGGAAGCACUGAUAUGACUUCUGCUGUUGCGCCGGCUAGCGUGGAAGGUGGCCCUGAUCAGCUUACUCUGUCUUUUCAGGGAGAAGUCUAUGUUUUCGACUCCGUGUCCCCUGAGAAGAUAUGCAAAAAAUUAAUUUUGGUCCUGGAAUUUUCUAGAAUUUAUCGCCCCCGACUGUUCAUGCUCAACGAAGUUUAUGGAGACAAGGGGGAAAGGUCAAACGACAAAUUGGGGGAAAAUGGUCUGGUUCAGGCAGUGUUAUUACUGUUGGGUGGAUAUGAAGUACCCACUGGCAUUCCUAGUGCUGGGAUGACUCCUCAAAACCAGAGGGGGUUGGGCGAAUAUCCUGGAAGAUUAAAUCAACCACAAAGAGCUGCUUCUUUAAACCGGUUCAGGGAAAAGAGAAAAGAACGAUGUUUUGAUAAAAAGAUUCGUUAUACCGUGCGCAAGGAAGUUGCUCUCAGGAUGCAGCGUAAGAAAGGUCAAUUUACAUCAUCUAAAUCACUUUGUGAUGAACUGGGUCCAUCUUCUGCGGACUGGAGUGGAAGUUCUGGUCAAGAAGGACAGGAAACUUUAUGUAGGCAUUGUGGAAUUAGCUCAAAGGCAACCCCUAUGAUGCGACGUGGGCCACAUGGACCAAGGACAUUGUGCAAUGCAUGCGGUCUCAAGUGGGCCAACAAGGGAAUCUUAAGAGACCUUACUAAAGUUCCAGUCGGAGCCCAACAUCAUACUCCGAAGGCUAGUGAACUUAGCGAUGGUGGAGAUAUCAUGACACCUUCUGCUAAGGCCAUGACUACUUGUAAUGGUGACAAUAUAGCUUUGACUGCUGAACAGUAGUCGGUAAGAUAGAUAUUAUGUUCUCUGCAGUUAUUUGAGUGCCAGUUCUAAUGGCACUGAUAACCUGGAAACACCUGUGUAAUUUCUCUCAACUUUUCGUGCGAGAAUGUACACGUUUCUCUGUAUCAUUGAUAUCAUACAUAGGCUUUCUUUUCUAAUUUGUUGGCCGCCCCUUGCCUACUAGUGUCGACCUUAUAUAUCGAAAGGUUCCCAUCUA